AUGGUUGAUAGAUCAAAAGACUUUGCUACAAUAUUAAGGAGAGAUAUCAAGAAAUAUUUGAAGCUCUAUACCAUUUUUGACGAGAAUAAAGCAACUGAUCCAUACUUGAUAAUUCCAACAAAGCUAAAGUUCAAAUGUGAAAAGUGCAAAAAUAGUUGGACUACUGCACACGGCACAGUUCAAUUCAUGUAUCAUUUACAGACUAGAACUAGCAUGAUUUUCAUUCAGGUCCUCAUGUAUCCACAGAAAUGUAGACGUUGUUAAUUGACAGCCACCUUAUCAGUAUACGAUGAUGAGUAGAUGAGAGUGGCUGAGGAGUUUGUAGAGAGUCUUGAGAAGGAACUUUACCCUAGUAGCUAAUCAGUGUACAAAGCCAAAAGAAAGCAUACGGAGAAAAGAGCUUGCAGAGCUAGAAAUAAGCACAUUAAGUCUUUAUGCAUGGCUUGUAAGAAUGGAAUCUGUGUCUAUAACAAAGAGAAAUAGAAAAAGUACAGAGCUACUGCUAAAAAUGGUCUUAGGUCUGGAUGA